GGACAUCCUAACCGACUCCGCAACCAACCUUAACCCAACCUUAACCCCCGACUCUCCCGACUCUCUAACUCGCACGAUUCAAAACACCUUGAGUAUCUAGGAGAUAGAUGGCCAUGCCCAACAACUGAAGAACAUCGCUCCACUACUUGCAGCACCCCCUUACAAGUCCCCUUGACCCUUCGAGUGCCUAGGAGCAGAGCUCUAUGGCCGAAGUAUCACUUGAUUCAGGCCAUCUGGCCCCUGGAGAGGAAGAUCUUCUCGAUUUCGGACUUAUUGCCGAAGAAGAAAUUGGACAUGGUGGCAACAACGGCCUCGAUGAGCAGAACCUUGUUCUCAACCCCGAUGUCGACGCCGAUGAGUUUGACUUCCAGCUCGGCGGCAUAGACACGGCCGAGGACAUGGCUGAGGAUACAGGACACAGCGACAUUCAUCUUGCCCCAUCUUCCCGUGGAGAUGAAGCCUCGAGGAAAUAUCGAGCCGAGUCAGAGAUUGGCUAUGAAGAUGAGGACGCAGGUUUAGACGCCUCCCACCAGGCAGCAUCCCACCAGGCAGCACCUCUCCAGACCGACGACAUUCAGGUGGCAGAUGAUGCUGAUAACUAUGAGGAGAUCACCUAUGAAGAUGAAGGCAAUGUUGCCUUAGAGGACUCCUCACUUGCAGAUGUGCCCCCUGUCGAAUCAACCAGCCUGGAUCAACCUGCAGAUCAAGAUCAUCACAAUCAGGCCUUGGACGAAGAAGAACUGGAGGAUCUGGGUUUUGACCCAGAGCUUGCAGCUUCCGCUGCUUCCGCUGAUACUGCCCAGACUGCCCAGGAGGCACAUGAGAAACCCCCAGCACAAAACAGGGAGGCCCUGUUGCCAGAACAGGUUGAGGCUGAGGCUGCCCAAGACCUGGAGCAAUCUUUGUCUCCUACAAAAGAUGGCCAUGAGGAGAAUGUCGAUGGCGAAGGUCCUGGAGAAGGCCAGCCUUCACAGCAUCGAUCUGAUAUAAUGCGUCCACCUGACAUACCCAUCCUCUACAACAACACCUCGUAUGAACUGUGCGCCAAGGAAGACAAUGAUAACCCCGACACAUACUUCUUCGCAGGAGAUUUGGAGUUGGACUACCCCCUCUCAGACUUUCUUUCGUGCCUCCGUGAGGUCAUCUCCAAUGAGGUCUCACCUAAAGAUGAGAUUAUUGUCAGAGUCGAUCAGCUUGGGCUCGAAUUUGGAGAGGUGAGACGAACCAACUCAAUUCAUAGUGGCCCCUCUGACAUUUGGCAGCAUUCAAACGAGAACUUCCUCCACACGACCACUUUUCGAGACAUCCUUUGGCUCUAUGAGAGACUUCAGGGGAAUGACGGUGUAACUGAGUAUUCUGCACCUGUCGUGGAGCUUCUCACUCGGCCAGACUGUACACAGCGCUACUCCAAGUUGCUAGAUGCCGCCGAUCAAGGCAUCGGACUGGCUGAGCUGCUAGAUUACUUGGACCAGUCCCAGUUGUCAAAUGCCACUUCACCUGCGAAAGAUGAUGCAGAUUACGGAGAUCAUUAUGAAGAGGACGGGGAAUUAGGCUCUCACGAGGAAGAGGCCAAAGAUAUUGCAGAGGAGAACUUCCUUGGCAGUGAGACCGCUCAUGUGGAGGAUGGAUUCCCUGAAGACACGCUAGUAGCAGAUGCUGGCAUGGUUGGCAGUGCAACGGCAGAUGAGGAGGCAGCCGAGGAUGCAGCCAUUAUGGCUGACUCUGUCCCUCGCAACUUCCAGCAAGAGAUUUACUCUGAGUAUAGUGGUGAUGAUGUCGAGGGAGAGGGAGAGAUCGACUUCAACUUGCUCGAAGACCAGGAGGAGAUGAACCAUGACACUGCUCACCUUGAUUAUACAGCAGCUUUGGGGCAGCAGGAUACCAUGGGGAAAGAAAACGACUUCCCUUCUCCAGAUGUCCUUGCUGCCGACGAGCAGCAGCAAUACGGCGGCGCGGAUGUGCGCGACAACUCUGGCCAUGCUCCCGACGAAGCAGCCAUCGGCAAUGUCAAUGUCCUCGAGGCCGGCGCUGAAGAGGUCGACCAGGCAGAGGAGGAGAGCAAAAUGGAUGGGUUUGGUGACGGCAUCGGUGGCGGAAUCAGUGAUGGAGACGAAGCUGCACAAGCAGAGGUCGCUGCAGCUUCAGUGGCAACUGAUGGAUCCCCAAUCUUGCCCCCGCCCCUCCCACAGAGCAAUAGUCCGGGGAUAGCCAGGGGGUUCGAUAGCGACCCCGUCAAGGACCUCAUGGAGAUUGGAAACAUGUGGGUUUCCCUUCCGCGAGGCUUUGGCAAGCUGGCUCCAAUGCCUGCUACUGCCUCAGAGAGCUACCUUCGUGAGCCCCUCGCCACGGAAGUCGAUAGAUCUCCACAGAAGUCUCAUGAGGCCAUGGCCUUGACAAAGCACUCCACACCCCAAGCUGGGUUGGAUGUGGCCUGGUCUGGGUCGCAAGAUGCUCAUAGGCCCCCGUUGGGUGCUGCGCAUGGCAUUGCAUCUCCCCAUUCCCAUCACGGUUCAGGCACAUUCUCGGGUUCUGCAUUCGCGCCUACCCUUGAUGCUAACUCGCCCCAUUUUAAAGACUACAGUGAUUCUGGCACCAAGCCCCGUUCUGGCCCCAACGUAACCCACGAGUCGAUGCGCGAGACCGAGUUCGAGCAAAACGAGUACGAAGACGGUGGACAGAGCGAGAAUUUCGGGACCGUCGAAGACAACAAGCAGCACGACGGGGCAACACACACCGGUGUGGACGUUGGUGAAUCACGAAACAAGGUAUCCCAAGACCAUCCCUCAAGCCCCGCGUCAACCAUCAAGGGUGUUGAAAUCAGCUAUGAUGUCGCCGAAGACGAUGCGGGCGACACCUUUGACUUGGAUCUACGGGAACCCCAGAGUUCCUCCGAGGCGAUCGGACAAAAUCUUGACGAAAUUGACUGGGAGAACGAUGGCGAUGAUGACAUAAAAGAAGGGGUCGAAGGGCAAGAUCCCGCAACGCUAACCUCGCCGAGCCGCUCUGUCAAGAGAAGCAGACAGCUCGACGAUUCUGGCAGCCUGGCUGAUGAGAGUGACGUCAAGCGGCGAAGAACUUGAGUCACCGGGCUUCCGCAGAAUCCCCCUGCCCUGCCGCACAGCACGGUAUCUGCGGACGUGUUGUGGUUGUAGUGCAACUACGCCAACCUGCACUCCACGAGCAUUUCGUCCUCCCUUGUUCCUUUCUCACCCUUUUUGGGCUUUAACCCUUCCACAGGCGACGAGCGCGACAUAAUGAUUUAAUGCAGGUCCUCAGCAUACGGGCCGAUGCAUAUCAAAGAGGUAAGUCAUCGCUUGCGAGUUCGAGAUCACAUCCAUCUGCGCAAUCGGAGACCUCCCUCCGUCAACUAGCAA